GCAGUGGCUAUACAGAAUGCAGUGCACAGGAAGCAAAACGCCGUUCAGCCAAACACAGAAGAAUUAAGAGCUGUUGCCCACCUUUCCCCCCUUUGAUGGCAGGCUGUGAGCUCCUGGGUUAAUAAUGCUUGUAAGCCAGAGGUGAAAGUGGCUCAGCAGAACAACAUCCAGAAAUCUGGCAGACUGGAAGAGAACAGCUGCCCCCCAGGGCAGAUGUGGAGUGUGAAGCAUGGAAGAAAGCAAGAAUGAGAGGGUGAACCAGGCUCAUGUUCUCUUUGACAGAUUUGUUCAGGCUUCAACCUGUAAGGGGACUCUUAAAGCUUUCCAAGAGCUCUGUGACUACCUAGAACUAAAGCCCAAGGACUAUCGUUCUUUCUAUCACAAACUCAAGUCCAAGCUCAAUUACUGGAAAGCCAAAGCCUUGUGGGCCAAAUUGGAUAAAAGAGGCAGCCAUAAGGACUACAAGAAGGGGAAAGCAUGCGCCAACACGAAGUGUCUGAUAAUUGGGGCUGGACCCUGUGGCCUUCGUACAGCCAUCGACCUGUCAUUCCUGGGAGCCAAGGUGGUGGUCGUAGAAAAGAGGGAUGCCUUUUCCCGCAAUAACGUGCUGCAUUUGUGGCCAUUCACCAUACAUGACUUGAGGGGUCUUGGCGCCAAAAAGUUUUAUGGCAAAUUCUGUGCAGGAUCCAUAGACCAUAUCAGUAUCCGUCAGCUCCAGCUUAUCCUUUUGAAGGUUGCCUUGAUCUUGGGAAUAGAGAUCCAUGUCAAUGUGGAAUUUCAGGGGCUUGUUUACCCUCCAGAGGAUCAGGAGAAUGAAAGGAUAGGUUGGCGUGCAUUGGUCCACCCAAAAACCCAUCCAGUAUCUGAAUAUGAGUUUGAAGUAAUCAUUGGAGGGGAUGGCAGGAGGAAUACCUUAGAAGGGUUUCGCCGAAAAGAGUUCCGUGGUAAACUAGCAAUUGCUAUCACAGCAAACUUCAUCAAUCGCAACACCACAGCUGAAGCCAAAGUAGAAGAGAUCAGUGGUGUGGCCUUCAUAUUCAACCAGAAGUUCUUCCAGGAUCUACGAGAAGCCACAGGUAUUGACUUGGAGAACAUUGUCUACUACAAAGAUGAUACACACUACUUUGUCAUGACUGCCAAAAAACAGAGCUUGCUGGAAAAAGGAGUGAUACGGCAUGAUUAUGCUGACACAGAGUUGUUACUCUCACGGGAGAAUGUGGACCAGGAGGCUCUGCUAAACUAUGCCAGAGAAGCGGCUGACUUCUCCACUAAUCAGCAGCUGCCAUCACUGGACUUUGCCAUCAAUCACUAUGGUCAGCCAGAUGUGGCCAUGUUUGACUUCACGUGCAUGUAUGCGUCGGAGAAUGCAGCUCUGGUUCGAGAACAGAAUGGCCACCAGUUACUUGUGGCACUGGUGGGGGACAGUCUCUUAGAGCCAUUUUGGCCAAUGGGAACUGGAAUAGCCAGGGGAUUUUUGGCUGCAAUGGACUCUGCUUGGAUGGUACGAAGUUGGUCGCUUGGAGCUAGUCCUUUGGAAGUUCUUGCAGAGAGGGAAAGCAUUUAUAGGCUACUGCCUCAGACCACCCCUGAAAAUGUGAGUAAAAACUUCAGCCAUUACAGCAUUGAUCCUGCCACCCGGUAUCCCAAUAUCAACGUCAACUUCUUGCGGCCACAGCAGGUACGCCAUUUGUAUAAUACAGGAGACUUGAAAGACAUUCACCUGGAAAUAGAGAACUUUGUGAACUCUAGGACACCAAAGCUGACUCGGAAUGAGUCUGUAGCUCGCUCUAGUAAAUUGCUCAGUUGGUGCCAGAGGCAGACCGAUGGAUACGCGGGUGUUAAUGUGACGGAUCUCACAAUGUCAUGGAAAAGUGGCCUAGCUCUGUGUGCCAUUAUCCACAGAUACCGUCCAGACUUAAUAGACUUUGAUUCUUUGGAUGAGCACAAUGUGGAGAAGAAUAAUCAGCUGGCCUUUGACAUUGCUGAAAAAGAGUUUGGAAUAUCUCCCAUUAUGACUGGAAAGGAAAUGGCAUCUGUUGGAGAGCCAGAUAAACUGUCGAUGGUGAUGUACCUCACACAGUUCUAUGAGAUGUUCAAAGACACCAUCCCCUCUAGCGAUAGCCUGGACCUGAAUGCAGAAGAAAAAGCUGCCCUAAUUGCCAGUACCAAAUCGCCUAUCUCUUUUCUCAGUAAACUGGGACAAAGCAUCUCUCGGAAACGCACUCCAAAGGACAAAAAAGAAAAGGAACUUGAUGGUGCAGGAAAGAGGAGAAAAACCAGCCAAUCUGAGGAUGAGGACAUCCCACGAAGCUACAGAGAAGAAAGGCCCACACUGGUGAGCGCCCUGACAGAGCGGAGAAUUGAUGCUGCCAUUGGGAAUCAGAACAAAGUCAAGUCUAUGGCAACCCAGCUACUAGCCAAGUUUGAAGAGAAUGCACCAGUGCAGUCCUCAAGCUUACGUAGACAGCAACCUGUCCUGCAUUAUCAAGAACGUGUUCACAACCAACCAUCCAGCAGACGAGAGCAGGGCCGUCUUGCUCCCAUACCCCAGUGGAAACAGCUGAGAAAUAAGGAACGUUCUCGGACCUGCCCCAAAAAAAUCAUCAUGCUCUCUUCUUCUCCAUCUUCCUCUCCACCGUAUCCCAGGCAGCAGAGAAACAGGGAACCUGGUGCUGACUAUCCUGGGGAGCAGAGUCCCAGACAGGAAAGGAAAUCUCCUCGUUUAUUUUCUGAUGACCAAGUGCCUGAGAUUGUUGAGCAAAGGGCAUGUCAGCUAGCAGCCCUCCGGGAGUCCCGACCUGCAGUGAGGCAUCAGCCUGAGACUGAACCGUCUCGCCGAUUCUUUGUUGACCAGUGGGAGCUUUCCCUUAGCCUCCGUUCUUCUAAUCGCCCUUCUUCACCCUCAUCUGACUCUCUUCGACAGAAGUAUAUAAAGAUGUACACAGGCGGAGUGAGCUCAUUGGCUGAGCAGAUAGCCAAUCAGCUUCAAAGGAAAGAGCAACCCAAAACCCUUCUAGACAAGAAGGAACUGGGCUCGCUCAAAAAGGAGUUCCCUCAAAACCUGGGAGGCAGUGAUGUCUGUUACUUCUGCUGCAAGCGAGUCUAUGUGAUGGAAAGGCUGAGUGCUGAAGGCAAGUUCUUCCAUCGCAGUUGCUUCAAGUGCGAAUACUGUGCAACGACUCUGCGCUUGUCAUCUUAUGCCUAUGAUAUUGAAGAUGGUAAAUUCUACUGUAAGCCUCACUACUGUUACCGUCUCUCUGGUUAUGCUCAAAGGAAGAGGCCGGCAGUGGGUCCUCUGUCAGGAAAGGACACCAAAGGACUGCUACAGGACACCAUGGCAAGUGAUGGAAGUGGACGGGCAAAUACCAUCUCCGCCUCAGCAGAGAGAGCCCCAGGUUCUAAUGUAAAUGGGCUGGAAGAGCCCAGCCUUGCUAAGCGGCUGCGUGGCACACCUGAGCGGAUUGAGCUGGAGAACUACCGGCUGUCACUGCAGCGGGAAGAAGAACUGGAAGAGGUUCCUGAGGAGACGCUGGCAGAGCAUAACCUGAGCAAUGUGUUGGACAAAGGAACAGAAGAGGAUGUGGCCAGCAGUAGUUCAGAGUCUGAGAUGGAGGAGGAAGAUGAGGAAGAAGAUGAUGAACUACUGCUGCCUCAGCAACCACCUUCAGACUUGGGUGGUGUGCCAUGGAAAGAGGCUGUGCGUAUCCACGCCCUGCUGAAGGGAAAGAGUGAAGAAGAGAUUGAGGCUGAGGAAAAUCAUGAGAUUGAGGACAAAGAAGAUGAAGAGGAAGAGGAGGAGGAGGAAGAUGAAGAGGAGGAAGAUGAGGAGUCAAGUGAAGCUGGGAACCUUAGACUGCAGCAGAUUGUAAAUCCGGUGGAUCCUCUGGAGAUCCUGGCAGAUGUGCACUGGACACACAUCCGUGAAAAAGAGGAGGAGGAAAAAAUGGUCCCAACAUCAAAGUCCUCCACCUCCAGAGCAUCCGACCUUCCCUCCGUACGCCAUGAGGCGGUACAGGCGUGGCUGGAGACAGUCCCUGGAGCUCCAUGUGAAGAUAAUGAUGUGGAGGACGAGUUGGGCACAGAGCCUGCAGACACGGAAGGGCAGGCAGGUGAAGAGGGAGACACAGGUGCAGAGCUGGAUGACGAUGACAUCCCAUCUGAUGCAGAAGCAGAGUUUCGCUUACAUCAGGGUGGUGUUGAAGAGCCAGAACUAAAAGUUUCUGAAGAUGAAGAAGAAGGAGCAGAAGGUGCUUCUUGCAGUGUGACAGAAGAUCCAUGCAAGCCAUCCAUCCCUAUCCAGUCAUCUGGUGAUGGUGUUCUUCCUCUGUCUCCAGUUGAUAGCCCCAAAGCAAAACAAGCAGAGGAUGUAAAAGAUCCUCUGGCUGAAGUAUCCCGUGCAAUAAAAUCUCCAGAGGCACGCUUUUUUCCUGAGCCUUUCCUUCUUGAAGAAGGUCCAAAGGAUGAAAUUCCCAAAGACAGGAAAGUUAAGAGUCCUUUGGUACCACCAUCUCCAGUGUUAUCCCAGCCAGCUGCAUCACCAGAAGCCAUUGCACCCACAUCACUAGCAGAGUCUCAGCCAGCGGCACCAACAUUGGCUUCAUCCCCAACAUCUGCUCAAAAGCCCAUCUGUUCCCAGCCUUUGCCUUCCACCGAAACAUCCAUUCCAUCCCCAGUGGAGCCUCCAGUAUGUUUCCAACCUGUCCCAGCCUUAACAUCUACUCCUUUAGCCAAACUGGUCCUUAGGGGCCAGGGUAGCGAGAUGGAAAAACUGGGGAGCCCUACUACCGCAGAAGAAGCCCUGAAACGGAGUAACCUUGUAGAAGAGUUCUGGAUGAAGAGUGCUGAAAUCCGGAGGAGCUUAGGGCUCACCCCAGUAAACAGAAACAGACGCUCAGAGACAAAUUUUACUGUAUCUGCCCUUGAGACAACUCCUCUAAAGACUUUUAAUAGUGAGAAUAUUUCAGGGGAUGAAAGGAUCCAUCUUGUAAAACCCCAGCCUGCCCCAAGACGACAGGGAAUGUCCAAGUUAGAAAAUGAGCAGAUUUCUCUGCUCACUCCAAAAUCUCCAUCAGAAAAAGAGCUAAAGAGUUCCAGUGAAGUAAGGAGAGAUGUAUCCAGCAGUUCUGGACUUGGCCUUCAGGAGAGCUCAUCUAACAUGAGAACUAUGGCUAGCCAGAGCUUCAACACUUCUGACUCUACAAUGCUUACUCCUCCAUCAAGUCCGCCACCACCACCUCCUCAGGGUGAAGAACCAGCCACUUUGCGUAGAAAGAGGCAUCAAGCAGUCUGGCAGAAUGAGGUUGAAUCCAGGUCACCUCCAACACCAGCAUCAACACCUCCUGCUCCCCUACGCCAUGAGGUGACCUCUGCUCCCAGAGAGUCAACCCAGGCCAAAAAAGAUGAUAUGCGGAAGUCUUUUGCAGAGAGUGUGGAUGAGAUUCCAUUUGCUGAUGAUGUAGAAGACACAUAUGAUGACAGGACGGAGGACUCAAGCCUUCGUGAGAAGUUCUUUACACCUCCUACCAGUCGGCCAAGGCCAGAGAAAGCACUUCUUUUGCCCUUGGUUAAAGAAAAUGGUGGUCCACCCUCAAUGGAAGGAGGAGUUAACCAAAAGAAGAGAGUGUUGCCUGAAAUUUCUGCAGAGGCCAAGGAGCUUGCUGAAGAAAGAAUGAGAGCCAGAGAGAAGUCUGUUAAGAGCCAAGCACUACGUGAUGCCAUGGCUAAACAGUUGUGUAAGAUGAAAGAUAUGGAGAUGGCUGCUGCUGCUGGGGCCACAAGGGCACGAAAGGCAUCUUCUAUGCCCUUGAAGACUAAAGAGUUGUUUUAUGACUCUCCAAAGCAUCUGGCCUUAAAAAUAGCAGAGGGAUCCUCACGAAAGCAUGAUGCUGCUAGUGAGAAGUUCUGCACUCCUGCUUCUGAUGUGGCUGGACCUGAGGGGUCUGUCACAUCUUCAGAAGGCUCCAGUGGGAAAAGUAAGAAAAGAACUUCUCUUUUCUCCCCUCGUAAGAACAAAAAGGAGAAGAAAUCCAAAAAUGACAGCAGGCUUUCUGACAAAUCUAGUGGCGGAACAGAGGAAGCAACAAAGCCUAGGUCAUUAUGGAAGUCUGUUUUCUCUGGGUAUAAGAAAGACAAAAAGAAAAAGACUGAUGACAGAUCCUGCCCAAGCACUCCCUCAAGUAGUGCCACUGUGGAUUCUGGCAAGCACAAAGCUUCUCUGUUGGUUACAGCUGCAGAUUUGCAGCUCCGUCAACACCUGAGUUUCUCAGAGGACUCUGACCUCUCCAGUGAUGAUAUUCUGGAACGCUCCUCCCAAAAAUCCAAGCGAGAGGUGUUUCAUGAGAAAUUCUGUAUUUUCCAAGAGAUGCAGAAGAAUGAGUCGAUUUAUGUACCACACGCCUUGGCAUUCAAGAGAUCAUAUUCAUCAAAGAGAGCCUACACAGAAGAGGAACUGAAUGCCAAGCUGACCCGUCGAGUGCAGAAAGCUGCCCGUAGACAAGCCAAGCAAGAGGAGCUAAAGAGGUUACACAGAGCUCAGAUCAUCCAGCGGCAGCUUGAACAAGUGGAAGAGAAGCAGAGGCAACUUGAGGAGAGAGGGGUUGCUGUGGAGAAGGCCCUCCGGGGAGAAGCAGACUAUUGGGGAGAGUCUUAUUACAGUGACCUCAUCGACUUGCAUCUGGGUGUUGAGCCCAAUGCCGGGACACCACGUCGUAGACCUCUCUCCUUCUGCCCUUGCUGUGCCCAUGAAGGCAUGGGUAAGAAGGAUGAUCCCAAGCUGAUGCAGGAGUGGUUCAAGCUGGUGCAGGAGAAGAAUGCCUUGGUUCGCUAUGAGUCUGAACUGAUGAUAUUCGCUCGGGAGCUAGAACUGGAAGACAGGCAGAGUCGAUUACAGCAGGAACUCCGGGAGAGGAUGGCAGUAGAAGAUCAUCUGAAGACAGAUGAGGAGCUCUCAGAGGAGAAGAGGAUCCUGAAUGAGAUGCUAGAAGUAGUGGAGCAGAGAGAUUCUCUCGUAGCUCUCCUUGAGGAGCAACGGCUUCGAGAAAAAGAAGAAGACAAGGACCUGGAGGCAGUCAUGCUUUCCAAAGGUUUUAGCUUGAACUGGUCCUGAGCUUAACACAUUUACCUCUGCUGGUCUGUGUUGUCCAGUUGGCCUACUCUGAAUUCGCCAGAAUUACAUGGAUAGGAAGAUGUUGAAGGGGAAACUUCCAAAUGGUUCAACAGCAUGCAGGGAUUUGGUUUGAAGCACUCAGAAGCCUUUUGAUAAGUGUGUUGGUUCCAGAAGCUUAAGUUUUACAUGUCUGCAAGCCGAGUUGAAGAUAAUGAGUUGAGACUGUAGAGUCUCCUUGAGGUCCUGUACAAUGGACCGUAUUUUUUUGUGUGUGGUAGGAGGGAGAGGAAUAAUCCAUGUGUGGGGAAGGAGGUUAAGGGAAGAAGUACCCUUAACUGAACUGGAUUUAUGGCAGUCCAUUCCUUUCCUGUUUUAACUACACCACUUCUAAUAAAAGGGAGGGAAGUGGUAACCCUCUCUGGAAAACCACAGCAGCCUGUAGCAGCCUGUAUGGUGGAGUCAGCUGUCCAGGAGAGCUCCAGAAGCCCAGGGCGAGAUCUUUGCUUUAGUCUUCCUCCCACCAAAGAAACCGGCAGUUGAUCAUUAUGCAUGGAUAUAAAGAAAUAUGAGACAGGGAAGAUACUACUAGUAUGUAUGAUGGAACUCUGCCUCCUGGUUUUUAGAGGAAUUUGGGCAUCAGAAGACUCUCUCCCUAUCAUACCCUCCUAAAUCAUCAUCAUGUUGUGGGGAAAAAAAGGGGAGAAGAAGAGAGAGGGAAGAUGCUCUUCUGCUUUGCUACACACUGGAGAGACAGCUACUGCUGGCCUUAGUCUUCAUGGCCACAGCUCAGAGGCUGGUGGGCUUCUUUGUUCUGUUUUUGUUGUGACUGUUUUGACACUGGAAAAUACUGACUGUGGGACAGUGGUAAGUGUGUGCUGAGACAGGGGUGUUACCAGGCAGCAUUCCCUGGCUGUUAGGCCCCUAAAAGGGAGAGGCCCUUAAGUGACUGAACCACCAUUAAGACUUUUCAGUAUUUUUAUUUUUUUCCUCUGUAUUUUGUUUUUGCACAUUGGAAACAAAGCUUAAGACCUGCCUGGGCCCUCAGUCACUUUGAUCCUUUUAUGUCAAUUAACUUAUUUUUUUAAUACUUGAAAGAAGAUUCAUUUUUGUAUCUUUUAGGAAAAAAUGGACGAGUGAUGGGUAUGUGUGCCUGCUGCAUCCUACAACUUCCACUUCUAAAUUACUGGACAUUGUUACCUGUGGCUAUUUAUUAGUGUUCUUAUUAAUUUGAUUGUUACACAUAUUUGAUUGUGGAGGGAGUGUUUUAACUCGUUAGAGAAAGACACUACUGCGGAUUGGUCCCUGCUUCACAGCAAGGGCAGCCUCUAUGUACCCACAGAUGCAUCCUGCCCUAAGAGUUUUCCUUCAUGACAAAAUCCUGUGCGCUCAUGGAGUUGUAAGAAUCUAUUUGUGUUCUUAGCAUACUUUUCUUCAGCAUCCCAGAUUCCCUCUGUUGGACUAAUAAACCUAUAAUUUAUUUAAAUUUUGCAUUCUUAUAACAAGAAAGCCAAAACUGUGAGAUAGAAAUAUCCCAUAUAUAUAUGUCUCUUUCUCACUGAAAGAGGCAACCCUCACACUCUUGAGAUAACAGUUAGAGGGACUUCCAUGAAAGCAAAAAUAGCACAUUUCCUGCUGCAUCUGUUCGAAGAAGCUCCUUUUGGCUCAGCUAGCAAAGCUGCUGCUUUUCAGCCAGGAGGGUAUUCACUUGUAAUCAUAACAUUAACCAGUGAGCAGACAUGCACUGAGCAAUUCAGCACCAUUUACUGUUUGACAGAUUCCCUGAGCACACGACGUUCUUAACUUGUCCUGCAGAGCUAAAGCAGCACUGUGCAUUGGGUAUGCAUCCCAUCCUUAAUGUGGUGUUACGAGGUUUUCGCACCUUGGGAUGCUGACUGACUUCUUGUUAAGGAAGUACUAAGCCUGCUCCCCAACGUCUUUGAGAAAGUGUCUCAUUCUCAAGCAUAUUCAUACAGCACACUGACUCUUUCAGCUUGAAUUUAUGCUGUUGGUGCAAGGCACCCAAGCAGGGCUGAACAUUCUUUAAUCUUUUGCUCCAAGACAGAAGUUAGCAUGGUUUCUUGCUCUUGGUUCUCUACCUCCUUCAAAGAGGUCUGUUGUAAGCCAGGGCCUACGAAUUCGCCUCUGACUCAGGAGCAUCCUCAGGCUGAGGAAGAAUGAGUAGGACUGUCCCUAGAGACUCUGAGUGGUGCUGGUUGUUAACUGUGGAAACAUGUCUUUCCUGCCUCAAGUGUUCCCCCUUUGUCCCCCUAGUGUUUUCUGCUAAGGCAUUACAAACUAAAUCCAGAUGCUCGUGAAACCAAGCAGACAGACAACUGCAGUGCUACUUUAUAACUGCACAUGGUAGCAAGUGGUACCUGCUAUACCAGCAUCGCAGUGUUGGCUUACCAACAGGAUGUCCAACAACACAGUUCCCCGCAAUUUCCAGUGCGGGGGCCAGCUGCACAAGUCAAACUGGCAACAGUAGUUUUCACAGUCUGCAUUCCAGAGACCAGUGGAAGCUGGAGAGAAAGAAGGAGGAGAGGUGCUAGAUACAUAGUUUAUUGUAAGCUGUCUUGUUCAGAGGAUUGGCCUCAGUCCAUUUUAAAAUGCACUAGGUAUAUGGACCACAUCUAACUUUUCACAAAAGAUUACUGCAUGUGAGCUGUAGAACAGAAAGAAAUCCUGAAGAAGAAAUACCAGAUUACUGCUUUUCCCUUUCAUGCUGUGGGAUGCUGGCCCUCCAGCAAUGAGAAUGAAAAUGAAGAGCUAACACCGCACACACCAAUUAAUUAAAAGUACACAAAAGGGAAUCUUAAAAGGCCUUUUUAUAUCAAAAUGGUUGUAAAAUGCACAACUUGUAUUUGCUGUUCAUUUGCACUUUAAGUAUAUGACUUGCAUAUCAGAUACUGGGUUUUUUUACUAUCUGAAUAUUUUAAAUUCAAAUUUUAUAUUUUUAAAGCUGAAGAAGGCUCUUGAGACCACAAGAUUCCUUAUUUGUAUCAGAAUCCAAGUAGGUUGUUCUAGCUCUUUGUGCUGCCCGGGUGGGCAGCAGCACAUGACUCAGCCAUGUGCAGUGAAGUGUGUCCAUUUCGCAUAUGAGGGGGGCAAAAAGGUCCUCAGCUUCUGAGGAGUGGGCACGCCAGGGCAUCCAGCCCCAUGUCACACGGUCUAUACCAGGGACUGGCUGCUUCCUCCCUGCAGUAGGUAGGAGGUGAGCCGAGCUUGGAACCUAACCUGUGUUCGUUUUGAAAUGGGCACACUGAGGAUGGGGCAAGCACUUCAGUACCCUGCAUGGAAGGGAGGGGGAUGCCACCUCCUGGAAACACCCGGGAGGCAAAUGGGGAUGGGGGAGUAAGGACUGCCAAAACAACUAAUCUGCUGUUUUCACAGUACAAUUUAAAAAAAAAAAAAUAAUUUCUGUUCCUUUUAACCAUGUUUUCAUUAAAACUUACAAAUGGCUGUAAAAUCCUGAGCUUCAAAGAACUAAUGUGUGGGGAGGUGACAAGACCUUUCAGCUCCAACUUCCAGACAUAUUUCAGUUAACCGAUACCCCAUGGUCUCACUAGGGCAUGUUACAAACUGCGUUGCUGAACAUAUUUUAGAGCAAACCGCAAGUUUUGAAAGUCUGUCCUUCUCUCUAUCCAUCUCUGCAUUUUAUGUAAAUAUUUGUUUGUAUGUAAAGACACCAGUGGAUCCUUGGGUUACCCCCAUGGUCAAGAAUCUGAGUUUUGUGCAAUGCCUAGGCCUCUCUUAGAACACAGUGCUUGCAUAGAGCUAGUCACCACAUUUGUGUGCACUCUGGUUGUUUUUAAUAUUUUUAUACAUGUUAAUCCUGAACAUUAUGAAGUAUUAUAAGUGGUCUAGACUGCAUGAUCUAGAGCAGCCGGCAGUUCUGUUUUCUUAGCAGCUGUUCCUGAAAUGUUCACAGCUACACCUUGUUUAGUUAACAUUCUUUAAAAGAGUUUUCAGUUAAGUGUUUACACCAGACACCAGUGGAUGAGAAAGGUGUUGCAUUGUAAAAAUCUCCUGUGUACAGACUGAAAAAGCCACAACAUGGCUUUAUGGGAAUUUCAGUCAUCACUGUCUGCAAUAAAGAGAACUCUAAAGCAUACUAAAAACCAGCCUGUAUAUAGUUCACAGAGAAAGAGAUCGCUGCCUCUCAGCUGUUUCAAAAUAACAGAGAUUAAAAGCUUUUUCCAAAAGUUCCUGCUUUUGGAUUGCUCAGAGUACUGCUAUAGGCCGGGUAGUUGGGCAGAUCAGGAUGUCGCUGAAAGCAGAUGUGAAGAGGAGGGUGCCAUGUUCUGAUGGCAUUGCAGUAAUUUAAAUUCUCUGUAUCUGUGUGUGCAUGUGUGUGUGUGUGAAGUCUAAUCCAGGUGAAGGGAUCUGCUUUGGCAUCUUCCCUUUUGUAUGAAAGUGAACUCUGAUAUUCAGAUUGUUCAAGGCUUUUAUGAUUGGCAUGUAUGGAGUGUUAAUGGAAAAGCAUAUACCUUACCUGUAAAAAACCCCUACUCUGUUCCAGCCUGUUUUCUUCUGUUUGGUUGUGUUUUAUUGUUUGUUUUUAUGCACACUUGCUUCGUUGGUGUUGAGAUUUUAGCACCUCAGAUGGCCAACUGAACUAAAAAAAAAAAAAUAAAGUCAU